CCGGCCGCUCUAGCCCCGCGUCUCGCUGGUUCCGGCGGCCGAAGAUGCUGGCGCGCGUGGCGCGGGGCCCGGGGCUCCUCGCGCUGCAGGGCCCCGGACCGUGGCGGGGUCCCCGGCGCCGCUGCCUGGCGGGGCUGCCCCGCAACACCGUGCUGCUCUUCGUGCCCCAGCAGGAGGCCUGGGUGGUGGAACGGAUGGGCCGAUUCCACCGCAUCCUCGAGCCGGGCUUGAACGUCCUCAUCCCCGUGCUGGACCGCAUUCGCUACGUGCAGAGCCUCAAGGAGAUAGUCAUCAACGUGCCCGAGCAGUCGGCGGUGACCCUGGAUAACGUGACCCUGCAGAUCGACGGCGUCCUGUACCUGCGCAUCAUGGAUCCCUAUAAGGCGAGCUACGGGGUGGAAGACCCCGAGUACGCCGUCACGCAGCUGGCCCAGACCACCAUGAGGUCGGAGCUCGGCAAGCUGUCUCUGGACAAAGUCUUCCGGGAGCGCGAGUCACUCAACGCCAACAUCGUGGACGCCAUUAACCAGGCCUCGGACUGCUGGGGCAUCCGUUGCCUCCGUUACGAGAUCAAGGACAUCCACGUGCCCCCUCGGGUCAAGGAGUCGAUGCAGAUGCAGGUGGAAGCGGAACGGAGGAAGCGGGCCACGGUGCUGGAGUCGGAAGGGACCCGCGAGUCGGCCAUCAACGUGGCCGAGGGGAAGAAGCAAGCCCAGAUUCUGGCCUCCGAGGCGGAGAAGGCCGAGCGGAUCAACCAGGCGGCCGGAGAGGCCAACGCGGUGCUGGCUAAGGCCAAGGCCAAGGCCGAAGCCAUCCGGAUCCUGGCGGCCGCCCUGGCGCAACACAACGGGGACGCGGCGGCCUCGCUGACGGUGGCGGAGCAGUACGUCGGCGCGUUCUCCAAGCUGGCCAAGGACUCGAACACCGUCCUGCUGCCGUCCAGCCCCGGCGACGUCUCCGCCAUGGUGGCUCAGGCGAUGGGCGUCUACGGCGCCCUCACCAAGCCCACCUCCCCGGCGGCCCGGGACCCGCCGUCCGAGCCCGCCCCGGCGGGCCCUCCCCGGCGGGAGACCGGCGUAUAGCCCGGGGGCCCGGCGAGCGCCCGGCCCACGGCCCCGGAGACCAUCCGGCACGGAGAGCGGGACCCGGCGGAGCUCCCCGGGGAGGGCCGGCCCGCCCGCCGGGACCUGGGAGGAGGAGGAGGAGGAGGAGGAGGAGGAGGAGAGGCGGCCCCCGGCCCCGACCCGGUUUUUAUUUUUUUAUCUGAACUCUGACCGUGUAAUAAAUGGCCGGUGGGACGACCGCAGAUCCAAGGGCCUCGGGAUGGGCCGGGGAGGGGGACGGGAUGGUCCCGGGCGGGAGACUCUCCCUCGGGCCCGGGGGCGAAGCGAGACCUCCCCCGCUCCCUCCAGGCGAGCUCGUCCCGCCCCGUCCUCGACACCCCCACGCCUCCCGGAGCCCGAGAGAUGCGGACCCCCUCUCUGGACCCCACCACGCCCCCCGGCGGACGCCCCGUCUCCCUCCUCCCGUUCCCCUCCAAACCCUUGGGCCGGCGGAGACGCGCCCGCCGCUGCCUCCGUCGAGUCGGACGCGCCGUACUCUUCUCAGUUCUCCUUCGACGCCGCGGAGGAGUCCUCUCUCCUGGGAUCCCUAGCCGGUCUUUCUACCGAGACGGUUCCCUCCUGCCUCCGCAACCCGUCCUGUCCACCGUCUUGCCCCGCAUCGUGCCCUGCCCCCCACCCGCUAGCCGGGCUUGCCCCUCCGGGCUCCGUUCCGGGCCCCCUCGGGGCUCACGGGCUCGAUCCUCGUCUCGCCGAUGGGGGAGACCGAGGCACGGAGACCCGGAGCGACUCGCUCGCGGUCCCACGGCGGACGGGGGGGCGGCGCCGCGAUUGGGACCCGGGUCCUCCCACGGCCGGGCCCUUUCCGCCAGGCCGCGCGACCUGGCCGGGACGGGAGAGUCACCGGAGUUAGAGAGCCCCAUUCCGGGGCCGCGGGGGGCCGACGCGGGGCAGACGGGUGCCGAAAUAAAUCACGGAGGGAGA